GUUUUAGGAUCGAAAGUAAAGAUGGCUUCUUGAAGGCCUUCUCAAAUACCACGAACCGAUAUCGUUUUCCUGGCGUACAGGCCAGUUGCCGGGAAGGCCCCGUCGGUUACGCUGGAUAGCAUUUGUACGGUUAGUUUGCACGAGUUGUAGCGCUCAUUGUGCUAGUUGUGUUCGUUUUUGUUACCCUGUGGCCCUCAUUUAUCAAAUUGGGCAAGAACAUUGUGAUGUGAAAAUCUGAUGAUGCAACUGGUUCGGAUGAUACCGAAGCAAAGCGUGCCCGGUAUGUGACCGAAUUGGAAGGAAUUUCAGUGAAUCCUAACCAAUCCGCACCACCUGCAGCUUCGAAACAUUGCCUAUCGGUAUUAGCAAUUGCUAAUACAUCCAUUAUCCAAGACGGCGAUGAAUAGCAGUUAAUACUACUACUAAUACCAGCACCACCAGCACGACAAGAUGAUGUUUGGUGAUGGUGAACCGUGAUGCAGUUUUAGUUAGAUUAGCGUAGCGAUGUGCCAAGCAAGCCAUGAAGUGUUUUUUAUGUGCUAAUUUAGAAUAAUUUAACGUUCUUCAUUGGAAUCGGACACCUUGAUUUGAUCAACCCGUUGUCGAAUAGGUUUAAAGAAGUAUAAAAAUAACAGAAUAAUACUAGCACAGCCAAGUAAAGAUCAGUUCCAAAAGAGAACGAGGAGAACGAGAGAAAGUCCGCCGCGUGAGGUGUCCAUGCCGUACGAAAAAUGAAGAUAAAGUGAAACACAUCGUUUCUUAGAUUGGUUAAGGUAGAAUUGAAAGCGGAACCCUUUUCGGUCGAGUACGAGAGAGAGAGAAAAAUAAUAGAGUACCGGUUAAUUAGCGUUUUCAACUUAUGAACCUAAACGAACCUGACAAAAGAGUAUCCACGUGUAGGAAAGGAAAGCUGUGAAGAGCUCACAAAUCACCACAUAUAUUGCAGACCAAGGCGUAUAUUUUCUUGAAUGAUUUGAUCACACCAUUUGAUCAUCAAAGCUAUAGAGCAUUAUCGAGGUUCUGGAUGACUGUUCCCGUAAGUGAAACGAUAACCAGUACUAUAUACGCAUAUAACAACGUCUACGUAUUACCUAAACUUUAUACACAAAUUGUAUGUAUCAAUUAUAUACAUCUAUUUUUAUACGGGCAUACUGUUUUUUGCGUGCCGCUCACUUACGCUGUGAUGGGCGAUUUUAAUUUUUGUACUACCAGUUGAUGGAGACCAAACUUACCACAGUUUGCUUGUAGUUUUGUAGUUCCCUUUUCACGCGCCGUCAAACGUGAGGAAAACACAUCCACCACCAACAAUUUCAGGCCAAUCCACCGGGUGGACACGUCUUGUAUUUAAUAUCAAACCAUUAAAUGACCAGGCAACAAAACAACAAAGAAAAUACAAACGAUCAGCUGUUAUAUUUUACGCGCGGUUUUCCAUUUAGUGUGCCGGAGAUUACGAAAAGCGAAGGAUACUGUGAGAUGUUUGAAUUGGAUUUCCCUUUCCUUUAGAGCUGUGCGCCCUUGAUGUAAUAACAAAAGAUAUGAGAUUCUUCGAUGCUUCGUUCGAAUCGUUGUUGAACAUUGGACGAUCAGAAUCGUAUGCUGAUUUGAAAAUGGGUCUUAACAAUGCACAAAGCACGCGUGAGACAGCCAACAACAGACAAAAGAUGAAAAACAACAAUGGUGAAGAAUCGUCCUGUUCGGGUUACGGUGCAGCAUCGCCAGCCGCAAGCAAGUUAGCCCAAAGGAUGACGACGUUGCACGAAGAACCGUUGAUCAAACAGAUAUGCUACGAGGAAGAAGGAGAGGAUCGGUUUAGUGAACCGGAGUAUGCUGAUUACAACGAUUUCUACGAUCAGCCAAUGGGCAACAAGCCGUCACUAUCGAAGAUGAAAUCAUCCUACACAGGGAUGAAUUCGAUCGGAGUGACUGGUGGAAAAUUCGCUGGUAAGACGAAGGUGGAAUCGGCGUCCAUGGGUGGAAUCUCAUCGGCGCCGGUAUCGGGCGGUAGUGCUGGUGGCCAUGGGUCAAAAUAUCAAACAAUGACGCCUAGUAUGAGUUCAUCAACUUCGAGCGGCUACGGUUCUCAAGCCGUCUCGUGCACUAACCUCACCAACGAUGACACAUACUCCAUCCGGUCACUAAGCGCCGGAGAAACACCAGAUACAAUGUCGCCGUCCAAAAUGCAGGAUCAAAUUUUCUGCUCUGCUAGCACCAAUGCCAAAUACGAGGAGGCAUCUCUGACCUCUCUUACGACCUCAACCUCCGCUUCAGAGAACACACUUAUAGCGACGAGCAUGGACAACUAUAACAGCAAUCCAUCGACACGACCACUUAGCGAUAUGCCUAAGCGCGUUAAUCCCUUCCUUAAGGAUGCCAUUUUGGAAGUGAUUGACGGUAGCAAAUCGGUCGAAUCUGUCGAUCAUGUGAAACAGCAUAUACAUCAACAUAAUGAAGAAGAUGAAGGAAUUUGCGCAGAGCAAACUCAGUCUGCACAUUCAACGGCUAUGAGUGAAUCGACACAAAUGGUUGACGAAAGUGAUCAAUGCUCAACGAACACCAAAUUCUCCUCAGAUGUUAUGGAAAGCAAUUUCUCCUCGACGCCUGGAAAGCAGGAAAUAUAUCCCGAAUGGGUAUCGGUUGGCGAGUCCGUGUUAAUAAGACCCUAUAAUACCAGCAUUUUAAUAGCUUUCAUCGGUGCCACUCACUUCCAGGGAGGAACUUGGAUCGGAGUAGAGUUGGACACGCCGACUGGCAAAAACGACGGUACCGUGCAAGGGAUCCAAUAUUUUGAAUGCCGUCCAAAGCACGGAAUUUUUGUGCGUGUUGACAAAUUGAUUCUCGACAAGCGUGGCCGUGCAAUACGUGAACUGAAAAAAGCGGAGAAGAUGAAAGCUGACCUAGCUAGUGGCAAAGGUGGACAGAGGCCAUUGACGGGUGGUGCUGGAAUGGCAACUAAUGGCCCACGCAAAUGAUACGCGUUUAAUCGUGGCCUCAGCAGCGCACAGUGUUUAUCGAGGCCUUUUGCGGGCCGAAAACGAUUUGUCCCCAAGUCUGCAUCCGUUGCAACCUUUAGCCGCGGUAAGUAAAGGAGACAUCUCGAUAGUCCAUGCAUAGCAUACCGAACGAAUGACAUGAAAAGCAAACUGCGAUGACAGAGUCAGUACUGAAAUUUCUGCAAUCUUCAUAUGCAUGGCCUAGCUCGAAAGACAAGAGUACGUGAAACCUUAAGAAACGAGAGACUUCAGAGAAAAGGCCGAUGAUUGAAAGUGUUGUUUUUUUUUUAAAGUCCGAUGCUACAAAAUCCAUCCCUUCUAUCAGGAAGCUUGCUUCAAAUUUUGAAGGUAUGCUUUUUUCCUAUAUAUUGACGUAAACUAGAAGCUCGCUUUGCUAGAGAAGCGACAGGAGAAGCAAUGACCGAUAGAGGAACUUUAGGCAAACGCAUAAAUAGCUCAGCAGCUAAUGCUCUACAGCACCUCUAGAUAGUGAAUGAUAUAUUCUCAUCAUCCCAAAUUGAUGACGGUACAAGAAAAGUGUGGCUUGUAAUACAUGAUGCUAUCUUUGUCAUCCUGACUAACACAAGAAUCAUAGCAUUAUCAAGGAUGCACGAACUGACAGGAUUGUUAAAAAGCGGGAAGAUUUAUAUUUUAUACAUAAUCACGUCACGAGAUAAAGGAACCCUAUCUGGUUGUGGAGGUAUCGAACAUAUCUCAUGUGUUCGUUUCUCACACAUUCCAUGCAUGAUUGCAUCCUGUAUGUUAGUUGCACUUUGGUGUGAUCACAUAGUUUCAGCCAACAGUAAACAAACCCGAAUAACAAAUGACCUGCCAUGAACAAACGCAACCUACUGAAGCAUUUGAUUGUUCGAUUAAUUGAAAACGUACAUUUUUAGCCUGGCGGUAGGCAUUUUGAACUGCUUGAACCCGAUUCCAUCCCGCUUUCGAUAGAAAACAUUAACACACAAUCUACACGUUUUUCGUCCGUUCAAUGUGUGAAGCUAUAGGUAGAUAAUAGAAACGAUUGCAAAGAAAACGAUCUUCUGAAUGUAGCAUAUUUUUUAUUUAAGUUAGAAGGAAGAAAAUAACUAAACCAUAAAAGCAAAAGCCGAAGUCGUAGAAAGAAGGAGCGGUGGUGAGCGUUUUUGGUGAGCUAAAAUUGAAACGAAACGUUAGUGGGUCCUAGAAAUUCUGUCCGUAAGUGGACGAAAGUGAUUGAUUCCGUUUGUGUGAAACCAUCCAUUCCAUUGCAAUAAAAUCAAGAUUCCUUCCGUUGCAGCGUGUCCGCGGUGAUAGGAAAGCCGCCCGUGAACAUACUAAUAUAGGGCACUAGAGGAAGUAGCAGCAAUUCGUCCAACCGAAUGCUAUUAUAGUCACUUCUAACGGUUCUAGAGAAGGUAACGCACAGGCUGGUAUGAUUGGGUGAGAGUGAGGUGCUCCAUCCGUUGGCAGUUAGCAUUCCGUUUCGAAUUUUGACAAAAGGUUGAAGUUGUGCAUGUGUCACAUGCGGUAACAGCGCGUCCUUUCCGUCGGCAUUAGAUAAGCACUGUUAGUCUCAGGUCACUCAUGUCUGCACCGUAGAAAAAACGAAGUUUGCUUGAAGAAGGAACAGUACUGGGUACUAUGUCACCAAAUGGUAUUGAGCAUGACGGCAUCGAAAAAUGAUAGCUUUGGUAGCUAAGGUACCACUAAUGAAGUGCUUAGCUCAACCAAAAGCAUCGAAACAGUGGAGAGAAUUAGAACCAGUGGUCUGUGCAAAAAAGCCAACAUGCACGUGCUAGUUGCCUAUGUAUAUGGAAAACAUUGCUCUACAUUUUAUUUGCCAGUGGCUGUAGGAAGCUUUCCAGCAAGAAGCGGUCUGAAGCAUGCCCAGAAGCAUAUCGAAAUUAGCAAGUUGAGUUUGAGAGCAACACAGAUAGAGACGAUUGAGAACGAGUAAACCAGUACUGUGAUUCCUUCAAGCACAAUUCGAUUCCUAUACGAUAAGCUAUCAACCACUGAUAGUAGACGGCAAUUACGUCUGUAGUGGAUUUUAGAUCUAGAUAAAAAUGCAAAAUUGAACACCAGUGAAUUUUACUGCUGGAGAAAAUGCUGUGCUGCACAGUAAUAGCAUCAAUAAGCAAACGGAAGAUAGUGUUGGAUAGAUAGAAUCGUAUAAUCGUAGAAACGCAAUAAUGGAUUAUGUCCUGAUCGGCAACUUUUGUCCCUCCUGGCCUGUGUAGCAUGAUGUAGACAAUUGGCAAACAGCAACAACAGUUUAGCAAUGCGGUAAUACAGUUUUUGUGUAGUGCUUUAGUAUCGUUGCUCACUCAGAAUGCAGCGAAAAGCAAAAACGUGACACAACGCGUGUGAUGGGAACGUUUGAAUAAGAUUUCUUUUGCGUUGUGGGCAUAUAAUUUAUGCAAUCUUCCACUUUACACAGCAAUGCAGUUUAUGCUUAAAUGCAACACACAGCAAGACUCAAAUCGGAAAAAACAGCAAUAUUUGAGCAGAUAGUAAUCGUGCUUUAGGACGCGAUAGUAAACGCGUAUCCUGUCGAAGAAAUGGUCAGAGUAGAAAUGAGUAGAAGCUUUCACGUGAUGGUGAUGAUUUUAACUUGUAACUAGACAGAAGGGAAUUGUGAUUUCGUUGUUUAAGUUAGGAGACAAAUUUUGUGUUAUC